AUGGCGCGGGAAGAGUCGUCCCUCCUAGCUCCGCGCCUGUCCUCUGACGACGGCUCGUCGAUCCGAAAUGAGGAGGAGGACUACGCUCUCCUGACCGGCGAGCGAACGACCGAUCAAAACAAACGACGAGCUUGGCCUUCCUGGCGGGAAAUUGGAGUGUUUUCAUGGGCCGUUGUUGCAACGAUUUUGGUGAUUGUGCUGGCCGUGAUCUACCCACACAAGGCAGCAGAGCCUCAGCCUCACAAUCCUCAUGGCUCAAAUACAACCUGGGGCCCUGGAGGCAAGCCGACGGGCAAGCGGAACAUGAUUUUCAUGGUGUCUGAUGGUAUGGGACCUACUAGUCUCUCGCUGACUCGAAGCUUCCGGCAAUACACACAUGAUCUGCCGUUCGACGAUAUCCUUGUCUUGGAUAAGCACUACAUCGGAACUUCACGAACACGCUCAAGCUCUAGCUUGGUGACAGACUCUGCGGCUGGAGCGACUGCUUUUUCAUGCGGUCGCAAGAGUUACAAUUCUGCUAUCUCAGUGCUGCCAGACCACUCGCCUUGCGGGACUGUGCUCGAGGCGGCUGCUUUGGCGGGCUAUAAGACAGGUCUGGUUGUGACUACUCGACUGACGGAUGCGACUCCAGCAUGCUUUGCCUCCCAUGCCAAUAUGCGGAACUACGAAGAUCUGAUUGCCGCCCAAGAAAUUGGAGAACACCCUCUCGGUCGGGUAGUAGAUCUUCUGCUUGGCGGUGGGCGGUGCCAUUUCUUGCCCAACUCACAGCAAGGCAGCUGCCGUGGUGAUGAUCAUGAUUUGGUCAAGGUUGCUACUGAUAAUGGAUUUGGUUAUAUCGAUGACCGUGCGGGCUUCGAUAGCCUUAAGGGCGGCGAUAAUGUCAGUUUACCGCUGUUAGGCCUCUUCGCUAGCGGGGAUAUCCCGUAUGAGAUUGACCGACGUACCCAAAAUGAUACCUAUCCCUCAUUGGAGGAGAUGACUCGCACUGCCUUAAAGGCAUUGAGUAAGGCUACUGAGGACAGCGAGCAAGGAUUCUUCAUCCUGAUCGAGGGCUCCCGCAUCGACCAUGCCGGCCAUGGCAAUGACCCUGCUGCUCAGGUUCACGAGGUACUGGCAUACGACAGGGCCUUUGCUGCUGCGCUCGAAUUCCUAGAGAAUGACCCCACUCCCGGUGUGAUUGUGAGCACAUCCGACCACGAGACUGGUGGUCUUGCCGCAGCACGACAGCUACACAAGAGCUACCCUGAGUAUCUGUGGCUUCCAGGUGUCCUGGACAAGGCAAGCCACUCUGGCGAAUACCUUGCUGCUCAACUGAAAGCAUAUCUUUCUGGGCCAGGUAAGGACGCCAAGGAUUCGACUAAGCAGGCUUGGGUCAGGCAAACUCUUAUUAAAGAUGGGCUUGGCAUUGAUGAUGCUACGGACAAUGAAGUCGAUGCCUUGCUCCACCCAGACCCCCAAGUCACUCCCGCAUAUGCGUUCGCGGACAUGAUCAGCCGUCGCGCUCAGGUUGGCUGGAGCACUCAUGGCCAUUCUGCUGUUGACGUCAACAUCUACGCGUCGUCUAGCAAGGACGCUUGGCCAUUGGUUGGCAACAACGAGAACACCGACGUGGGAGAUUUCCUCGCUAACUAUCUUGAUCUCGAUGUCGACAAUGUCACCAAGUUGCUCCAGGAUACCAAGUCCGGAGCCUUGCAAUCAUAUGACUGGAUGGGUGACCGUCUGGGCUUGAACUUCCAUACCGAUGGACUGGACACUUACCAUGGAGACUUCAGGAAGCGAUCUGCUGAUGAUUGUGGAUGCGGGGCUACCCACUGA